AUGGAUUUGAUUAGUUGCUGGAAUGCGAGCACAAGGGACUACUCAACAAUGAAUCAAGCAAACGGUGCAAGUUCAAACAAGUUGCCUUCUUCUAGGUACAAAGGAGUAGUGCCGCAGUCAAAUGGCAGAUGGGGAGCUCAGAUAUACGAGAAGAGUAAUCGUGUGUGGUUGGGAACCUUCUAUGAUGAAGAAGAAGCUGCUAAAACCUACGACAUUGCCUCGCUAAAGAUCCGGGGUCUUGAUGCUAUCACACAGAUCAGUCGAAACCAAAUGAAACCCUACGAAUGUGAUGUCACCGAGGCCCUUUUCUUGGAGUCCCAUUCCAAGGCUGAGAUAGUUGACAUGCUUCGAAAACAUUCUUAUGCCAACGAGCUCGAGAUGUACAAGCAUAAGUUAUACAAUGGUUGUGCGGCUUGUGCCCUAGGCCUUGAUGAUGGCGGAAAGCGUAUGAAGUGUUACCAUGAUUUUAUGGACACAUGUAGUCGCGAGAGGGAGUUGCUUUUCGAGAAAGUGGCAACACCAAGCGACGUAGGUAGAUUGAACCGCAUGGUUAUACCAAAACGAUAUGCUGAGAAGCAUUUUCAGGUUCAUCAGAGUGUAGGGUUUGGUAAAGGAGUGUUAUUGAAAUUUGAGGAUGAGGUGGGUAAACUGUGGAGGUUUGGGUAUUGUUAUUGGAGUAGCAGUCAGAGUUAUGUGUUGAGCAAAGGGUGGAUUCGGUUUGUGAAGGAGAAGAAGCUGAAAGUUGGUGAUGUUGUGAGGUUUGAGAGAUCGGUAGGGGAGGAUAAGAAGCUGUUCAUUGACUGUAGAUCAAGAAACCUCGACAUUUCGGGGAUCGGGGAGAUACAUGGUACUGUUGGUGACCCUCCAGCGACGGUUCAAGAUGAUGGAGUGGUGAGGUUGUUCGGCGUCAACAUAUCACGGAAACCUGUGCAUUGCAGAGAAUAGCAGGUGUUGGAGGCUUGGAGCAUGUUCAAUAAGUU